UUUUGGACUGUCCGCUACUUUAGACUGAUCGUCGUUGGAGACUCAGAGUGGGGAGAAAACCCAAGAAAGCAAAUAUAUAGAAAGAUCUAAGAUUUGCUUUUAUAGGUAAACUAUAAUCUCGUCGUCGUUGAAUCUGAUCGUCUUAGGCUCUUAGCUCUGCCUAAAAAUGUCAACUGUGAGCAUCUCCUCCCCUUGCCUGUUCAAAAGUGGGCCCCCAAGGAAUGCCAGUCUUUUAAUCAAGAGUCCAGCUUCUUUGAGUUCUGUGAAGAGUGUUUCUAAGGCAUUUGGUUUGAAGGCUUCCUCAAACUUCAGAGUGUCCGCAAUGGCAGUAUACAAGGUGAAGCUGAUUGGACCAGAUGGAGAAGAGAAGGAGAUUGAGGCCCCAGAUGAUGCUUAUAUUCUUGAUUCAGCUGAAAACGCAGGCUUGGAGCUUCCAUACUCAUGCAGGGCUGGGGCAUGCUCCACCUGUGCGGGACAGUUGGUGUCGGGUGCAGUUGACCAGUCAGAUGGAUCCUUCCUUGAUGACAAUCAGAUGGAGAAGGGUUAUGUGUUAACCUGCGUCUCCUAUCCAACUGCUGAUUGUGUGAUUCACACACACAAAGAAGGCGAGCUCUACUGAGUAGUGGUCCAAGUCAUUUUCUUUGGUCUGAUGGAACUUCGUAAGGAGUCAAGCAGACGACUUUUUAGUUCCGUGUUUGCAAUGGAGAACUCUAGGCUGGAUGAUAUUAGAUGAUUUUGUGCUGU